CUUAACUACCAGACAGAGGGCAGGAUGAUGCAGCUCAACAGAGCCAAGUUCAUGGUUAAUGGAGGAAUUGGCUACGUCCUGAAACCUCCUCCCAUGUGUAAAGGCUCCUUCAACCCAUUCAGUGAUGACCCGCUCCCAGCCUACCCCAAGAAGCAACUCAUCCUCAAGAUCAUUAGUGGACAGCAGUUGCCCAAACCACCAGACUCCAUGCUGGGUGACCGUGGAGAGAUUAUUGAUCCAUUCGUCGAAGUAGAGAUCAUCGGCCUGCCAAUUGAUUGCUGCAAGGAACAAACACGAGUUGUUGAUGACAACGGUUUUAAUCCAGUAUGGGAGGAGACUCUGUCCUUCACCCUUCACAUGGCUGAGGUGGUUUUGGUGCGUUUCCUUGUAUGGGACCAUGACCCAAUUGGACGGGACUUUAUUGGACAACGGACCGUUGCAUUCAGCAGCCUGAUGCCUGGUUACAGACAUGUUUACUUGGAGGGGCUGACCGAGGCUUCCAUCUUUGUGCAUGUGUCAGUGCACGAUGUCUAUGGAAAGUGGAGCCCUCUAGUCCUGAACCCCAGCUUUACCAUAAUGCACUUUCUAGGAUCUAACAAGGGUCAUCAGCUGCGAGGUAUCCGAGGUUUGUUUAACCGCUCGUCCAAGUCUUCCGUGGAUACAAACUCAGGUGGCCUUCGGAAACGCUCCAUCAGUGAUCACCUCCUGCGACGCACAGCAAGUGCCCCAGCAAAGGGACGAAAGAAGACAAAGAUGGGGCUAUCAGAGUCAGUGGCUUCAAUUUCAGACCAAAAGAAUGGCAUGGGAGCAGAAGCAAGAGCAGAGGGCAUGUCAGGGAAGGAAGGAGUUGUGGAGAAGCGUUUCAGCCAGCCACGAGUCCCCCUCACCCACAGACCUAUCUCCAUGCCCUUAGAAAGGCUUAUGCAAGGGCAGUUAUCCAUCUGCUCCCCAGACAAGGAACUGCAUGAUAUUGGCUCAGACUCAGGCAUCGGAGGUUGCCCCUUCAACAGGCCAAGGUCUUCCUCUUUGGACCCAUUCCUCGAAUCGUCAUUCUCUUUUCAAACAAACAUCUCUUCCCCUUCUAUGACGUAUAUCAAUAGAAAAAAAGAAUGUGAUCAAUCAGAGGAGGCUUCUUAUCUGGUUAUUGGUGGAAGAGAAGUGAGUAAGGAAGAGGAUUAUGCCAAUUACCAGUCUAAAGACAGUGGAGUCAAUAAACCGAAUAACAUCUCAACAAGACAAGAGAGAAAGUGUUGUGUCUCACCUUCCUGGAACAGCCCGAUGAAAUCAGAUAAACCAGAAACAUCAUCAAAUAGCACAACAGGCACAUCUGCCCCUUCAAUCUCAGCAUCCUCUUCCUCGAACCCCUCCUCUUUGCACCCUCUUUCCCCUAUCAGUGGAGACUGCAAUCUGAAGAGUCCCAUCUCUUUGCAUGACAGCACCAUCUCCAGACUCAUUGAUGCUGUGUCCUUGGACAAUGAGCAAGACACAUGUGGCUCUAUUUCUGCUCUGAUUGGUCAAUUUGAAAGAACUGUUGAACAGAAUGAUUCACACACAUCAUCUCAUGAUCAUACCCCUUUCCGCCAAUCAAAUGUCAGGCCUACCACUCCUAAAGAUCUACGAGAUGUAAGGUCUCCUCUGAAUACAAGUACUGCAUAUACUUACAGGAAACACCUAACAAGUCCCCAAAAAGUUGCUCAAAAAACAAAUCAUGAAAUCCAUUCACCACGUAAGAUUUCCCAGGCUGUCCUGUCCAGCCCAGAAACUGCAGAGCUAGAGGAUGUAUACACCAUUCUGGAUGAGGAAGUGCUGUUGCCUGUAUCGGUGUACAACCUUCACAAACAGACGGUCCAUGUCCAGGCAGACGCUGGGGAAAGCACGUCCUCAAACAGCUUGGGUUCCUCUCCAGCGAAGGUGUUCCAGGGUUCAAGGAAAGGGCACAAUGUGAGCUGGGAGGAUAUGAACAGAAAAAGAGCUGGCUGUGAAAAAAUGGAGGAGGCAGAGGAAAGUGUAUACGAGGAAGUGUAUGAUCCCCCAGCACUAGCAUUAGUACCAGAGAAAGAGCAGGGUACUUCUAAAAGGUACAUAGGCUCCUCAGUAAACAACAACCAAUUCCAGUUCCACCAUGAUUCAGCUGGGAAUGCUCUUGCAGAAGUGGAGACAAAUGUCGAUGAGGAUCCAUUGGACAUUAUGACAAGAAAUGGCAGCCAACGGGAGGGACUCAUAAGUCCAACCAAAAGACAGGCUAUUUAUGAAAACCACGAGUCCACUCCAAACUAUUACCAACAAAGGCAGCCUUCGUCACACCGCUAUCCUCAACAGCAGUACCCCUCACAUGCAUUUUCACAGUGUCCUUCCCCAAUGAAUCAACCUUCCUAUCAUCACCAGAACAACUCCCAGCUUCACAGACCCAUCAACUGUAGAGCCUCCAAUCCUAGUCCGCUGCGUCACAACAUCUUCCCAGUUUCUCAAAACAAUUCGGAUGCCUUUAACAACAGCAGAGACUUCAGCAGUUCCUCCAAUCAACAGAUGAGCUAUAGUGGCAGCCAGAUACCAAACCGGCCUCAUCAAGAUUGGCUAGGGUAUAAACAGACGGAGAUGGAGCAAGUAAGGCAUACUUCUGAAUGUCUCCCUGGCCAAUCCGCCCUGUCUACAAACAUCAGUAGAGACAGAGGCCUAUAUCUUCCUUCAUCAGACUGCGAUCCAGUGUACAGCCAUCUGGACUAUGACUGCAUUACGCCCUCAUCAGUGUCUUCUCAAAACACCCAGCCACACUGCCAAAGUCUACCACAAUCAUACACACCAACUCAUUCAUCGAGCCAUAAGGUUUUACUUGCUACUACAAAGAAUCAGUCACAGCCUGAUUCCAGACAUUCUCUGCAUUUAAAUUUAGGCCAUGUACCAACUCGGCCCCAGUCUGGUACAAUAGACCCCAAAGCUCCUAGCCCAUGUAAGUCCAAGUCCCUGGGAGACCUGACCUCUGAAGACAUAUCAUGCAACUUCCAGAGCAAAUACCACAUCAUUAGCCGCAGUUUUGUCACUCCAAAUAUGAGAAAGCAAAAGAGGGUGGGCGCCAUGGGGGAAGUAACUUUCCAAUCACAGUCUUGCGAUCCACUCACAGAACAGCUGCGUAAACUGGUCAGUUUAGAAGUGGAUGACUGUGACAGAGAUAGACCCCAACCUCCUCAGUUGUGUCAGGCAGCAAAACCCCCACUGUCGCAGCCACAGGCAACCAGUGUAGCUCCUGUUGUUCCUACGGAUGUAGAUGAUUCACCCCCACCCCUUACCCGGCGUCUAUCUUCACGGAGCCAAAGCCGAGUGCGUCACAUCAAUAGUCGGGCUCGCGAAAGACAGCAAGAGGCUCUAAAGCCAAGAGCAGGUGGGAUGAUCAAUAGUACCUCCAGCAUCGGUGGAGUGGUAUUGAGGAAUAAACCAGCCUCACAUAAUCCACCAGCUAACAGACACUCCACUGGUUCUUACAUAGCAGGCUACCUUGGUCAGUUGGAGGACAGGGGACUUCCUGAAGGAGCCUGUACAUCAUUACGUUAUGGAAACAGGGAUCAUUAUGGAGAUCGGUACUAUACAGAUGACUCUCUUCCACCUGGUGAUGCCAACUACUCUGCGUCAGAGCCGGAGGUGUACUUUCUGCUUCGACUGUAACUCUGACCAUAACCUUAAAUAAGUUUAACAAUCAAGCAAUGAUUCUUGAUAAUGUUCAAUACCAAAAGCCAGAAGAUCUAGGAAAUGAAUACACACUGUUGUUUGUUCCAAUGUUCACAGACCAGUAGGUUUUUAUUAUAACCGUCAAAUAAAUCUUAACCUGGGCUUUUUCUAGAGAAAGAUACGGUCUGUACAAUGUCCGCGAGACCUCACAUGUAUUCCAGGGUUGGAUCUGACAGCAUGAAUUUCCUGUAUGAAAUGUCCACUAUUCAAUAGUGAAUGGUCUUUCUUGUCUGGCAGACUAUUGUCUAUAUUCUGCUUGAUGUUUGUGUACUUGGGGACUUUAAUUUCCUUCCAAAUGGCUUCCUAGACUGAUUGUACACAUAUUUGUUCUCUUAGUCCCUGUGAUGUACUGUCAAAAAUGUGUAAAUUGACUAUGAAGCAAAAAAAAGAGAGGGAAUGUCGUAUGUAUUAUGUGAAUGUGUAGUAUAAUCCAACAGCUACUUUUAAUAGAUGGGGUUCCUCCUUUCAAAGAUAAAAUGUAAGUCUUCCUUCUCUUUUUAGUGGUAUUCCUUUAAUUGUGUUAUGUGUUAACAUUUCUGUCAUUGUUUUUAAUCUGAGAUGGGUUUUAGUUGAGAACAAACUAACUGUACAUUUAUGUUUGUGCAUGUUACCUGUGAACAUGUCAAGCAUGACUAUGCACAAAUGUAUACAAUAGAUGUUGCAUCGCCAAACAUUUGCACAGAAAAAGAGUUGGAUAAACAGAGGACAUAGGCGUGUUUGUAUUAGUUGCAAUACAGUACAUAAACUUCCAUGCUUGGACUUGGUGUUUUCUAUGCUUUCCAACAUUUGAAAAAGAAAAAGGAUUGCAAACUAUUAAACAUUUGAAGUUGAAAGUUGUUAUUUUAUUUUAUAAUUGCUUUGAUACAGACUACAAAAUUAAGCUCUUGUUGGUAACAGUUGUUUAAUUUUAUUAGAACUUGAAGAAAUGAAAAUACAUUGACUACAGUAACUGAGGUGAGUCUUUUUUAUUGUUUCAGUGUUAAAUCAUUAUUUUCUCUGUCAUUUUGCUCAUCGGAGGACUGUGAGCUUUUUCUUACCAAUGCAAUAAAACAUUGAAAUACUUGAUUUC